AUGAACCUACGAAGUCGCGGGCAAUCACAUCUUGUCGAGCCACAAGAAGAUAUCCGUCGGUUUGAACGCGAGAUUGCUAGAGCAAGACGAGAGCAAGAACGAGUUGAGCAUUUAGCAAGGUUGGGAAUGGAUAACCAACAACAUCCUCAAGUUGGUGAUCACGGUCCUAAUGGAAACGAACCUCCCAAUGGCCAAAACCCACUCCACCCUCCCCAAGCUCAAGCACCACAACAUCCACAUAGAGUUGCACGCCCAAUAGACACAUUUGAUGCUCCUCACGUUCAUGGGAAUCGAGCGGGUAUCCAAGCACCUCCGGUCGAUGCUAACAACUUUGAGAUUAAGGGGAGUUUGAUCCAAAUGGUUAGUCAAAACAAGUUUCAUGGGUUACCCAUGGAGGACCCAUUGGAUCACCUAGACAAUUUUGACAAGCUUUGUGGGACAGUCAAAGCAAAUAGGAUAUCCGAGGAUGCUUUCAAGCUUCGUCUUUUCUCUUUCUCCUUGGGCGACCGCGCUCACGUUUGGGAAAAAGGAUUAGCUCCGGGUUCCAUAAGGACGUGGGAUGAGUGUAAGAAGGCCUUCCUCAAGAAAUUCUUUUCCAACACGAGGACCGCUAAGCUAAGAAACGAGAUCUCGAGCUUCACUCAAAGGAACAAUGAGAAUUUUAGUGAAGCAUAUGACCGGUUCAAAGGAUAUCAACUCCAAUGUCCUCACCAUGGUUUUAACAAGGAGUGUCUUCUUAGUACCUUGUAUAGAGGAGUGCAACCUCAAAUCCGUAUGCUAUUGGAUACCGCGAGCAACGGUAACUUUUUGAGUAAGGAUGUGGAUGAAGGGAUGACUUUGGUGGAGAAUCUUGCCCAAAGAAAUGGUAGCUACGGUGAUGACUAUGACCGUACCUCAAGGGAUACAAAAGACUUGAACGAGCAACAUCGCAAAGAGAUCAAAGCUCUAAAUGAUAAAAUGGACAAAAUGAUCUUUGCGAAUCAAAAGCCGGUCAACUUUGUUUCCGAGACCGAUGUAUAUGAGGGCUAUCAAGAGAAUGUUGAUGGUUGUAUAGAAGGGAACGAGGAGGUAAACUACAUUGGCGGCCAAGGCUACAAUAAGUUCAACAACAACUACCGAAACCACCCAAACCUCUCCUACCGAAGCAACAAUGUUGAGAACCCCCAAUACCAAAAGUAUCCACCAACCAAGCCACCCGGUUUCCAACAAUCCACCUACCAAACCAACCCUCAACACCAAUUCCAACCUAAACCUCAAUUCAACCAAGCCUACCAACCUCAAGCCUCUCCCUCUAACCCUCAACCACAAGGAGACAACACUAAUGCUCUCCUUAAGCAAAUCAUUGAAGGGCAAGGAAGAAGUGCCAUUGAGCUUGUUAGUCAAAUGAAGUCUAUGCAUAACAAGGUAGACAACAUCUAUGGCGAGCUCAAUGCCAAGUUUGAAAGGCUAAAUUCUCAAGUGCAACACCAAGCUUCUUCCUCUUCAACGAGACAAACCGGUACCUUACCCGGUAAACCCGAGCCUAACCCAAAAGAGUACAUAAAUGCUAUCACACUUCGUAGUGGCAAGAAUCUACCUAGUGGAGAUCUCAAUAGGGACAUUGAGAAUCAAAAUGGGGAGGUGGAGAUAAAUGAAGGUGAAGAGGUAUUGAAUGAGAGUGACUUCAACAAAGGAAGUAAAGAUUGCGAAGAAGAAGUUGUACUCGAGAAGGUUAUUAAAGAUAAAGGGAAGGGUAAAUUGGUUGAAGAACCGAAAGAAAACAAGGUUGAAGAUCUUUCAAAAACGCCCAAGCCUACCGAGAAGAAAGAGACUACUUUCGUUCCUCCACCUUACGAACCAAAACUCCCAUUCCCGGGACGUUUUAAGAAGCAACAAGAGGCUAAGUACAAGGCCUUGUUUAAUGAGAAAAUGAAGGAAGUGACUAUCACUAUGCCCAUAAUUGAUGCUCUCUUGUUGAAUCCUUCUUACAACAAAUUUCUAAAGGAUGCGGUAGUAGAGAGAAAGAAAGCUCUACAAGGAACGGUGAUAUUGUCUCAUGAGUGUAGUGCUAUCAUAACUCACAAAGUGGUAGCCAAGAAGAAAGAAGAUCCGGGUACAUUUACUCUCCCUUGUGCCCUUGGACCACUUCUCUUUGAUAGAUGCUUGUGUGAUUUGGGAGCAAGUAUAAGCUUAAUGCCUCUCUCGGUUGCUAAGCGUUUGUGUUUCACAACUUACAAGGAAUGUCGGAUUCAACUAGUCCUAGCGGAUCGCUCAAUUAGAAAACCGGUUGGAUUGCUAGAAGACUUGCCGGUUAUGGUUGGUCAUUUUGAGAUUCCAACAGAUUUUGUGGUUUUAGAGAUGGGGGAAGAGCCUAAAGAUCCACUCAUUAUGGGACGCCCAUUCCUAAGAACCGCCGGGGCAAUGAUCGAUGUGAAAAGAGGAAUGAUUGAUUUGAGAUUGGGUAAAGAAGUCUUGACAUUUGAUAUCAACAAGGUCAUGAGGAAGCCUACUAUCGAGGGACAAGUGUUCUAUCUCGAGGAGAUGGAUGCUCUAGCGGAUGAGUUGUUAGAAGAGUUGGCAAUGGAGGAUGCUCUUCAAAGCACUUUGGUGGUUAAGCAAGGGGAAUUUGGGUUGCUUGAAAGUGAUAGUGAAGGCUAUGAGAAGAUUCUAGACUCACAUAAGCCUUCAAAUGGUGAAGCAAGUUUCCUUGAGUUGAGACAAAGCCAUGAAGUAAGUGUAGUGGAGAUUGAAAAGGUGACUAACCGAGAAGGAGCUAGCAAGGAUGAGACUAGCAUUGAUGGGGAUUGGAGUGAACUCAAAGCUCCAAAAGUGGAACUCAAACCGCUCCCCACCGGGCUAAGGUACGCUUUUCUUGGAACAAACUCUACUUACCCGGUGAUCAUUAAUGAAGAGCUUAGUGAAUUGGAAACCUCCACCCUUCCAGGAGAAUUGAAGAAAUAUGGAAAGGCUAUAGGGUAUUCACUAGAUGAUAUAAAAGGAAUAUCGGAAUCUUUAUGUGUCCAUAGAAUCAAUCUUGAAAAUGAAUCUAUGAGUUCCGUUGAGCAUCAAAGGCGGUUAAACCCCAACCUUAGAGAUGUUGUUCGGAAGGAGAUUCUUAAGCUUCUUGAUGCGGGAAUCAUAUAUCCGAUCUCGGAUAGUACUUGGGUUUCCCCGGUACACAUGGUUCCCAAGAAGGGUGGAGUCACGGUUGUUAAAAAUGAUAAAGACGAGUUAAUCCCGACUAGGACUAUAACGGGAAUUGAGGUUGACAAAGCAAAGAUAGAUGUGAUGACUAACCUUGCUCCUCCAAAUUCGGUUAAGGGUAUUCGAAGCUUUUUGGGUCAUGCCGGGUUCUAUAGACGGUUCAUCAAAGAUUUCUCGAAGAUUGCAAGGCCACUUACACGGUUGUUGUGCAAGGAAACCGCAUUUGAGUUCAAUGAGGAAUGUCUUGAGGCCUUUGAGAAAAUAAAGAGUGAGUUGAUUAGUGCUCCCAUUGUUCAAGCACCGGAUUGGAACCUACCGUUUGAGAUCAUGUGUGAUGCAAGUGACUAUGCGGUUGGAGCGGUUUUGGGUCAAAAGAAGGAUAAAAAGCUCCACGUGAUUUAUUAUGCAAGUAGAACCCUCCAUGAUGCACAAGUGAAGUAUGCCACGACGGAGAAAGAACUACUUGCCAUAGUCUUUGCUUUCGAAAAGUUUAGGUCUUACUUGGUUGGGUCUAAGGUGAUAGUGCACACGGAUCAUGCGGCAUUAAGGCACUUGUUGGCGAAAAAGGAUGCUAAGCCGAGACUUUUGAGAUGGAUUUUGCUUUUGCAAGAGUUUGAUCUUGAGAUCAAGGAUAAGAAAGGAACUGAAAAUGGUGUAGCGGAUCAUCUCUCUCGGUUGAGGAUUGAGAGUGACAUUCCUAUCAAUGACUCUCUCCCCGAGGAGCAACUUUUAGCGGUGCAACUUCUUGAUGAAAGCCACAAGACUUUGAUGAAGCUAGAAGAGGCAAGGAAUUUGAAUGAGAAUGGGCCUUGGUAUGCGGAUGUGGUAAACUACCUAGCAUGUGGAGUAGAACCGCCUAACUUAGAUGCUUAUGAAAAGAAGAAAUUCUACAAGGAUGUAAACCGGUUUUAUUGGGAUGAUCCUUAUCUUUACACACUUUGUAAAGAUAAGAUCUAUAGAAGAUGUGUGUCUCAAGAGGAAGUAGAAGGGAUUUUACAACAUUGCCAUGGUUCAACUAUUGGAGGUCAUUUCGCAACAUUCAAGACGAUUUCAAAAGUGUUACAAGCGGGAUUGUGGUGGCCUACUAUGUUCAAAGAUGCUCAUGAGUUCAUAGUGAAGUGUGAUUCUUGUCAAAGAAAGGGAAACAUAAGUAGGAGGAAUGAGAUGCCACAAAAUCCGAUUUUUGAGGUUGAGAUUUUUGAUGUGUGGGGAAUCGACUUCAUGGGACCAUUUCCCUCCUCUUAUGGCAAUAGUUACAUUCUUGUAGCGGUUGAUUAUGUGUCAAAGUGGGUAGAGGCGGUAGCUAGUCUAACGAAUGACGCAAAGGUUGUAUUGAAGUUGUUCAAGACAAUAAUCUUCCUAAGAUUUGGAGUUCCUAGAGUGGUUAUUAGUGAUGGAGGGAAGCACUUCAUCAACAAGGUUUUUGAAAGUCUCCUUAAGAAGCACGGAGUCAAGCAUAAGGUAGCCACGCCUUACCAUCCGCAAACAAGUGGUCAAGUUGAGAUUUCAAACCGAGAGAUCAAGGCAAUUCUCGAGAAAACGGUAGGAGCUACAAGAAAAGAUUGGGCUACGAAGUUGGAUGAUGCUCUUUGGGCUUACCGAACCGCAUACAAGACACCAAUUGGUACUACUCCGUUCAAUCUCCUCUAUGGAAAGUCUUGUCAUCUCCCGGUUGAACUUGAGUAUAAAGCUAUGUGGGCGGUUAAGUUGUUGAACUUUGACAUCAAGACCGCGGCGGAGAAGCGUUUGAUCCAACUACAUGACCUUGAUGAGAUCCGUCUUGAAGCUUAUGAGAACGCCAAGAUCUACAAGGAGAGGACCAAGAAGUUUCAUGAUCAAGUGCUGCUGUUCAACUCCCGGUUGAGGUUAUUCCCGGGAAAGCUUAAGUCUUGUUGGUCGGGUCCAUUCAAGAUUAAGGAGGUUCGACCGUAUGGUGCUUUCGUGUUAUGGAACAAGGAUGGAAAGGAAUUUGUUGUGAAUGGUCAGAGGUUAAAGCCAUAUUUUUCAAGUGACUCCAUCGAGGAAGGAACCACGGUUUCUCUCUCGGAACCUCAAAUCGCUUAA